CUUCUCUCUGGUAACACUUGGUCACACUUCACCAUGCGUUUCUGCUAAUUCUGAUCUGGCGUCCCAUGGCAUCUUAUACUGAAAGCCGACUCUCAGCAUCCCUCGGAAAACUGUCAACCGGUUGUGAAUGCGGAUGAAAUGAUUAGAAAGAAGUGUCGAAAUGAUUAGAAAGAAGUGAUCGUUCGAACGUCAAGUGUUCAUCUAUUUUUUCAUCGUCUAUUUUAAUACAUUGGUCAACGCGGUUUCGACUAUGGUCGCACAAUAAACGAAUUUCCGGACUGCUUGACGUGUCACGUUGAUCGCGUACCGGACACGUGGUCGUCGUUUUCGUCGGCAUGGAACCCAGAAAUUCGGCGAUACUGGAAUCUUCUGGCGAGGAUGCCAUACUAAUCGAGACUGUGAAGAAUAUAGUGACGCAGCGGGAACGCAACGAGUCGGAGACCGAGGAUGAUUUCUUCCUGGUGUCGCAGGACCAGGUUGAGGGGUACUCCGGGGAGAACGUUGAGGAAACGACAUCCCACAAGCACGAGACGAAGGAAGUCCUCACGUGGAUACACCUCUGCAGAACAUGCGCCAAUACGUGCGAUAAUCUAAUACCCAUCUUCGAGGGCGAAGGAGCGGAGCACGACUUGCCUAGUAAAAUACUCAAAUACUUGCCAAUACAUAUAUCUAAAAGCGAUACUCUGCCAUUGCAAUUGUGUCAUCACUGUGCAGACACGUUGUUGGCCUGGCAUGAAUUAAGCGAGGGAUGUCUAAGUGCAGAGAAGAAACUACUGAAAAUGCAGGAAACAUUACAAAAUAAGCAACAGUAUUAUCCUGCACCUUUAGCUAAUUUUGAGGUUUCUACAUUGGUUACAACAACAACUCCAACCAUUGUGUCAAACACAACAAACUCGCAACCUGAUCAGCAAAUUAACGAAAAAAAUGGAGCACAUGGCAUAGAAGAAAUUAAUAAAUCUAACAGGUCAUGCGGCGUCCGGACACCGUUUAAAGUGUCCCCGGACACGCAGAAUGCAUUUUGGAAGCCAUACAGGAAACGAUGCCAACCGAAAAUACGCAACCUGAAAAAGCCUGAGAGUGCGGCGACCGAGGACUGCGAUCCGAUUUGGAUCACCGUAAUGGACACGGUGCACGAUCAACCGCCCGCCAUGUCUGAACAACUGGAGAACGAUCCCUUGAGGUUGACCGCCGAGGUGAAGAAAGAGCAUAUCCCCACACAAAACUCUAUAAGAGACUCUAAUCGCGAGAAUGAGCCUUAUCGGACGUUCGCGCGCGACAAGGAGAAAAUCCAGAUAGAUCAAAUCCCAGACGAUGAAUCGGUGCAUUCCCUCGAUAACGAAAUGGAUAAGGAUUUAUGCAAAAGCAGCAAAGCAUCGCAUAAGGAGGAAUCUUUUCUGUGUGCCGAGUGUGGAAAGUGCUUCAGAUUGAAGGAUUCAUAUCUACGCCACAUGAGGAUUCAUAAAGAUGAGCGACCGUUCACUUGUCACGUAUGCGGCAAGCAGUUUCGCGAUUCCGGCGGACUCACCAGGCACUUGAAGGAUGUGCACGCAAAACUGAAGAACUUUAUGUGCGAUCUGUGUGGCAAAUCGUUCGCGUCCAAAGCUACACGAGAGGAUCAUCGACGCACUCAUACCGGCGAACGGCCGUACGUCUGCGAUUCGUGCGGCAAGACCUUCAAAUCCAAGGCGUCCCUCUAUAUCCACAGCAAACUUCAUACUAACGAGUUCCCUCACGCGUGCUCGUAUUGUAGCAAAAGGUUCCGCCGACGACAGGAGGUGCUGGCUCAUAUAACUACGCAUACCGGCGAGAAGAACCAUGCGUGCGACGUGUGCGCGAAGAAAUUCCGAGUCAAGUCCGAACUUGCACGACACAAGCUCAUCCAUUCCGAGAGCAAGCCGUUUGUCUGCAUCAAGUGCGGUCUCGCCUUCCGACAAAAGCGCUAUCUGAACAAUCACAUUAAAAGCCGGCACAACGAAUCUCUGCGAGCGUCUUAACGAUAAAGAAUGUGCUUAGUGA